AGGUGUGCCGAGUCCUCUUCAUGGGCGUCUCGAACAUCCACGUCAUCCGGAAGAGCUGGGACGCCCUGGAGGUGCUGUGUCGCCGUCGGGAGGGAGAGGGUGGCGGCUUUGGGAUGCAGGUCGAGAACACCCGCUGGCUGUUCCACCUCCACAAAGUCCUGGCCGGCGCCCUCCUCAUCGCCCACCUCAUGCACCACCACGGCGUCUCCCUCCUCGUCCACUGCUCCGACGGGUGGGAUAGGACCGCUCAGCUCUGUGCGACGGCUCAACUGCUGAUGGAUCCGUUCUAUCGGACUCUGACUGGCUUUCAGGUGAAGGGGUGGAAAAUAGGGAGGAGGGGAGGCAGGCAGAGAGGGAGGGAGGGCAACAUUCGUGAGGUCGUUCCCUCCUCUCGCCGUCGCGCUGGCCCUCCCCUCGCACCAACCUCCUGUCUCGCCCUUUCCCCUCGACAGGCCCUCAUCCACAAGGACUGGGUCGCCUUCGGCCACAACUUCACGCGCCGCAAUGGCCUCGACAGGCAGGGCUACGCUUCGAACGAGCGGGCCCCGAUUUUUGUGCAGUGGCUCGACGUCGUCCAUCAGAUCCUGCGACAGUUUCCGAAUCGCUUUCAAUUCACAGAAGGGCUUCUCCUCUUCUUGGCUCGCCACGCUCAUGCUGGCUGGACAGGCGACUUUCUGUACAACUGCGAGAGGGAGAGGACCGAGGCACGUGUAACAGAGAGGAGUAUCUCUAUCUUCGCCCUCAUAGACGCCAACAGGCACCGCUUCCUGAACCCAGCCUACCAGUCUUCCUCUUCGGCCUCGUCUUCUUCCUCACUCCUCACCCCGGUUACUAGCAGCAAACGCCUAGUGCUUUGGGAGGCUUACUUCUUCUCCUGGCAGACUGAGCUGUAUGAGCUUGGGUACUGGUCACCUCCCUGCUUGAAGGAGGCGACCACUGAGGAAAAUGUGGUGCGGCUAUGCGACGGUGAAGGCCCGAGGAAGGAGGAAGAGGAAAGAGAGACAAUGAACUGCGGGAAAACGGACUUUAACGAAGCCGCGGUGCACAUUGCUGAGUGA